AACUGCGUCCUGGUCGGGGACGGCGCGGUGGGGAAGACCAGCCUGGUGGUCAGCUACACCACCAACGGGUACCCCGCCGAGUACGUCCCCACGGCGUUCGACAACUUCACCGUCAUGGUUGUGGUGGACGGCAAACCAGUCAGAGUCCAGCUGUGCGACACCGCUGGACAGAAAUGGGGGCUUGAGGAUGGCUCAAUUAACGAUGAACUGGAGCUCCUCCGGCCUCUGUGCUACCGGAACGCCGACGUCUUCCUCCUGUGCUACAGCGUGGUCCGCCCCUGCUCGUUCCGGAACCUGACCAGCAAGUGGGUCCCCGAGAUCCGCCGGCAUUGUCCCGGAGCGCCCCUGAUCCUGGUCGGCACUCAGCUGGACCUGCGAGAGGACGUCCAGGUCCUGAUCCAGCUGGCCCAGAACCAGCAGCGGCCGGUGGGGCCGGAGGAGGGCCGGAGGCUGGCCCAGGAGCUGGGGGCGGCGGGCUUCGCCGAGUGCUCGGCCCUGACCCAGAAGAACCUGAAAGACACUUUUGACUCGGCCAUCCUAGCCAGCUUCCAGCAGGCGGAGAGCACCGGCGUCCAGCAGCAGAGCCUCGCCCUGACCAGGAAGACCCCCGACAAAAUCAAGACCCUCGCGGAAACCUGGUUGCACGAACCCUGGGCCGUGGCAAAAGCGCGCGCGGGGUGGAGCGCGCGCAGACGAUGCGGAGCGCGUAUUGAGCCGGCCGGGGAGAGUUGGAAGCCAUGCUGCCGCAGGAGGUCGGGAAGCACAAGCCCUGCCGGGUGUCGGACCCCUUCGGCGGGGGGGACGGUGGCUCCCUGGGCCCCCCCCCAGCGGCGCUGGAGGGGCCGGGAGGGCGCCGCGGGGGCCAGGCGCCGGCGCUCCGGUUCCGCGCCGGAGCGCAAGCUCAACUGCGUCCUGGUCGGGGACGGCGCGGUGGGGAAGACCAGCCUGGUGGUCAGCUACACCACCAACGGGUACCCCGCCGAGUACGUCCCCACGGCGUUCGACAACUUCACCGUCAUGGUUGUGGUGGACGGCAAACCAGUCAGAGUCCAGCUGUGCGACACCGCUGGACAGAAAUGGGGGCUUGAGGAUGGCUCGAUUAACGAUGAACUGGAGCUCCUCCGGCCUCUGUGCUACCGGAAUGCCGACGUCUUCCUCCUGUGCUACAGCGUGGUCCGCCCCUGCUCGUUCCGGAACCUGACCAGCAAGUGGGUCCCCGAGAUCCGCCGGCAUUGUCCCGGAGCGCCGCUGAUCCUGGUCGGCACUCAGCUGGACCUGCGAGAGGACGUCCAGGUCCUGAUCCAGCUGGCCCAGAACCAGCAGCGGCCGGUGGGGCCGGAGGAGGGCCGGAGGCUGGCCCAGGAGCUGGGGGCGGCGGGCUUCGCCGAGUGCUCGGCCCUGACCCAGAAGAACCUGAAAGACACUUUUGACUCGGCCAUCCUAGCCAGCUUCCAGCAGGCGGAGAGCACCGGCGUCCAGCAGCAGAGCCUCGCCCUGACCAGGAAGACCCCCGACAAAAUCAAGACCCUCGCGGAAACCUGGUGGAGAAAGAUGAACUGCCUGAUGGGAGAGCAGAGCCAUGAAGUCAAAUGAAGAUCUGCCAACACAUCGUGGCUCCAGCGAGCUUCAAACCCGAACACACAAGUACUUUCUUUGAUGGUCCAUUUCUAGAUGAUUAUUUAUUUAUUCAGAGUAUUUAUUCAAUAGAAGUUUAUUUAUUACAUGUAAAUCUACUAUUUUGACUACCAGCAUUGAUUAAGUUUCUGCUAAGGUUUAUUAGCUCCUGUUCUUCUGAUUCCUAACUAUAAAAUGAAU